AUGGAAGCAAGAUUUUAUACAGGUUAGUAGAUGUUUUAAACAAUGCACUGUAGCAGUGUCGUUUCCCUUCUGUUGAUCCGCGCUGUUCACAUGCUGCUUAAAUAGGAUAGCUGAGUGAAAUUCUGCGCAGCUAAAUCCCUGUUUGUGAACGAAAACAAUUUGAAAAUAGACCCUUCAUAAAACACGAAGUUGAACUUCACAAGCGUCUUAUUUGUGAUAAAUGUUAUUAAAAACAGCCAAGAAAGUGCCAUCUGCGGUGGGGACCAAGUGAACUUCCAAAACGACUAAACUGAUGUUAUACUUAAUCGGUUGACCUUGGAUAGUUAAUGGAACUACUAGAUUAGUCGUCACUAAACCGGAUGAAGCAAACUGCUUUAUGCGAUAUUGUUAUAUUCACUUGAAAAGGGAGCAUAAGUAUUAAAAUUAGCACCAUUUUACCAGCAAAACAAUUAUACAUUGUUUUUAGACGAAAGGUCGUGUCCUCAGUGGCAACUGUUAAUUGCUACUUCAUUCGCCGUUAAGGCACAUUGUCCUCCUCCUACUCCUUUGAUUACUUUUGCUGUAUGUGUAUGCCAAAAGUAGAGCCGGUGCAGAUGCACCCCGAAUGUCAUGAGGCAGAAGAAAGGAAAGCAGACCUGCGUUCUGUUCCAGUAACCGCAGGUUAAACUUCAGAGUACUACUAAGCAAGUUCGACCGACUGAGACGGCUCAUAGUGAAGUAUUUUGCUAGUCUUUGGGAACAAAUCAAUGUACUUUGACCAGGUCAUUCUUAAGAGCUAUAUUUUUAACGGUAUAACUAAUAAAAGGUCAUAUUCUUUAACUGACAGAUCUUGCCAAAUAACUUUAUUGGCUUUGCCGCAGACAGAAGGAACUUGCAAUUGAAAAAGCAACUACACUACCGAUACGGGAUGUUUCCAUCUCAUUUCCGGGAUAUUCGCUGAGAUAUUUUCCUUAUGGAGGCGUAGGCGUUUUGAAUAAUUCGAUAUUCGUGGCGGCAUAUAGUACUCGCUGUUUAAUCUGCCGAUGGGCGCGGUUAGGUUGCUUACUAUUCGUAUAGUUCAAUACCUAAAUGGCGCUUUCACGGGAGUUGCUUUGGCAUUCCUAACCUCUCAAAACUUACGAGUGUGUUUUUCUUAUUCAGGUCAAAGCCAACCCUAUGUAUUUCCCGGCGGGUCACCUCAGAGCAGUCGAGUGUCACCCUGUGCGUUAACGUACUGUGCUACCUUAAUCUUCUUCGUAAAUUAACUUUCUUGUUAUCUUCAAUACUGAAUCUACGCAUUUUAUUCUAGAUCCGCAUCACGAGACUUCUGAUUUUUAUCUUUUGAGUAAAUAGAUAAUUCGUGCAUUAAUUAAAUGAGUCGUAUCUGUGUCUUAAUGUACACAACAAUUCAAAGGCAUUUGCAUUGCUGGUUAUCCCACUUCCGACUAGAUUUACUCCACUAACACAACCUUAUUUAAACUAGAUUGUGAUAGGUCGAAUCCGAGCCGUGGUUUCGUCAGCGAAGUCUUUAUGCCCCCAAAGGGUAAGCGAAUUUUUUUUCUAUUCCCAAAUUCCAGAACUUUGCGCUUUUGCCUCUAUACGCUGAGGACGAAUCCAACAAAUACCUUAGCAUAACGAACUUGCUAGAAUGAUAUGAUCCCUGUUAUUUUACAAAUGUUGAUUAAGUUCGGAGAACUUAGACGUUUGCCACUACAUGGGUCUGAAGAUUUCGUGAAUUCAAGCGUCUACACUUUACUAGUAUGCCUUACGAUAAAGACUCCUAAAAAAAUAUUAUAACGGUAUGACAAGUAAAAGGAUAUUGACAAGUAUGUAAACUGUAAAUUUAUAAAUCCAAAUUGCAUGCUCAAAAAUUUUACCGUUGGCUAUAUCCUAUUUUCUCUUUCCUAGUAACAUAUGGGGGUGGUAAGUUAUUUUUUACCUUCUUGUCUCCGAACUAAGACUUAUAAGUUAUUCUCUGCGUGACGGUGGGCAUUAAAAUAUGUUCUUUGUGUUAAAAUGCCUUUUUCCCUAAAACAAUCUUACUUUCUUUUCAAAAAAUCCUAACCAAUGAAAAAACGUGGCCGAUACCUAGACGAUGCUUAUGAUUUUGUUGUUGGUUUUUCCCUUCUUCUCCCUUUAUUCUUUUAAAGCGACAUUUCCUGAAAACUAAGAUCAGUGUAUCUUCCUAAACUGAUUGACAGUUGUUCAAAUUGCCGUUACAUUUUAGGCUACAAUGGCCUUAUGCAUGCUGGAGUAGUCACAGGUAAUAUGGUAAAAGUUUCUCAUAAGCCGCGUCAUUUUAAAUGGAUUUUCGAUAUUACGACCAGUCACCUAUAUAUUCUUCCUGAUAAAAUAAAAAAUCCAAAGGGAUUUAGCGGCCUUGGGACACCAGGUCUGACUGUAAUCAAACCGCUACUGUCUUUGUAAUGAAAACCAACGGUCAGAUAAGGCCUUAUACUCCUGAUGGAACAAAAAACUUUGCUGACCGUACUUGCCAUUGUUAAUUAUGUUACAGAAGUAGCAAUAUGUUUAUUUGCCAAAAGCCUAGUCUUAUCUAUACUAGCUGCUUGUUCGCAAAGAGAGAAAGUGUCUAUUGCAAUGAAGAGCAAUAAACAUUAAUGAAUAAAGCAGUACUUGAACCAUGACGCCAGAAGUGGCUGAUCCACUUACUAAAGCUCGAUAUCUGUUUAGCAACUUGCACAGCCCGUAUUAAAAACCUGCGGGUUAGGUGCACAAGGAGAAGUCUGCGCUCAGCUAUUAGCUGUCACCAUGCCUGUAUCAUUCAUGUGAAUCCUGUAUGUCCUCCUUGUUGGUGUCUCAGCUGCCUUUGCGUGGGCGUAUCCUUCUUUUAGAAAAGAUGUGGGCCGUGUGUGAUUUAAGCCUCUCCAGGCGACAAUGAAUUCAACAGGUGUCAAAGAAGUUCAGCACUUCUGAAGCAAAAGGAUUAAUCUGACUGCGCCUAGGCAAUCUGUCUCGACAGCGAGUUGUGAAAGUCAUUGAGUGCCACUAUCUGUUAUGGGGCGACCAGCAAUCGUCGGGGCAUUGUAGAGCGGUCUGCAUCGUUGUUAACACGCUUCAUUCAAUCCGGGGACAAAAGAAUUUCUAGGGACUUAUCAACAGUCCCUUUGAUAAAUCUUUUCAUGUCUUCAAUCGCGUACUUUACUUCUACGUGAAAUAACAUUCAUAGAAGAUGUCAUUUGACAUUGAUGCAUGUUCAUUAAUAUCCUUGAUUUAAUUGAUGCAUUUUCGAUUGGAGUCUAGGUGCAAUUAUGACAAGGUAAACAUGAAGGAGAUGAGUCUGUACCUAAGUUGAGGUUUAUCAUAAAACUCUAAACAAGAAGGGUUAAUUUUGAACUUUAACUAAUACGAUCAUCAACCGCCUCGGGGAAAUCUAUUCAUUAAAAUCUACAAUAUCUAGUCGGGAGCUUUCUUUCGUUUCCGCUUGGCUGCACGGAUAAUACAGUCAAAACAAACCCGUAUGCAGAAGCGACAAAAUAAACAGAUUUUUUAGGACUAGCAAUCAACACACUUUUGAUUCCCUUAACCUUCUUGAAAUGUUAGUAUACACUUUUUUGCUACCCGAUAGACCACACCCAAAGCAGUCAUGAACAAUGCUUUCUGUGUGACAUGACCUUGCUUGAACGAGUUGUUGCAGUGCUGAGAAAAGCUAGGACUCAACUAAAAACCUUGGACUGCCGAUAACGCGUGCUGUUUUAUUUUACUGUCCACCAGACGGCCAUGUUGUAGUUAUCCGUUGUUUUACCCGUUUAAAAGAACAGUGCCUUUUCCUAUCAAACUGAUUUUUCGAGUGACGUAAUUCUAAUGUUCGUUUAGCAACAACCGAUCGCUCAAUUUAAAUCACUUCACUUGAGUUACGUAGGAGACAUGGAUCAUGUUACGUCACUUUUCUCCUCCCACGCACAUCUCGGGCGCAUGUGCUCGAAAGAAAAUUGAUCUGCUGAACAAAAUUUACCAUAAUAACCACGCAAACGCGGUAGGGUUAGGAUGCUGAGCGCUGUGGUACGCACUGGUUUGCAUUUGAGCCUCCGCAUCGAGUGUGAUCGCUCGGCUGUAUUUGUUCGUAUUCACCCAUUUUAUUCUCGUCCUAUAACUUAUGCACACUGAGAGUGAAAGAAGAGAUAAGUGCUGACCUUCUCCACCCCCAAUGGCUGCGAUAAGGGAAAUAUGUCGUGGAAUAGUUAUGACAUUAAAAUAAGAGACUUCUUGACGGCAUUUGCCGAAGUAGCGAGUGUUUGCGCGUUUUAUUACGUGUAGAAAGUCGAUGGGGUCACAUAUGAAGACUCGAUAAAACAGGAAACCUCAUCGUGGAAUAAAAUGAAUGUCCACAACAAAAGUCAGCAGCGAAUAUGAUUUCAAUUAAUUAAAAAAUUUUCCCUUAUAAGUUAUCCGUUUAAGGAGUGCUUUCAUACUGCACUCUGUUGACGGAUCUCUGUGUACUUUGCAUUUUUGCGCGGGGGGGUCAAGAAAGAAAAAUGGCAUUUUUGACUGUUUCAUUCACGUUACUAGACAUUCUGAUAUUUCUCUGCCGCAAACGUAUGAACAUGCCUUUUUCUUUACAUUGCGUCCAUUUUCGCUAUCUUUGCUCACUUUUAGGCUGCAUUCGUCGAUUAUGCAUUAAUGUCAAAAUGUCUAUAUAAAUAUCGAUAUUUUGCUGAAACUGUUAGUUUUUUGUGCGCUCCAUUCCUAACUCACGUAUGCGCAGAAGCUAGACGGCGCGAAAGGUAGUGUCCUGUGCAGUGCGUGACCUAUCUCAUGAACUGUUGGCUGAAAUUCUGAAAUGCGCUUUCGAUUAGGAAGGACUACUUGGUCGCGGUAGUGAUACUGAUUAUCUCAAGGCCUACUCUUAUAACAUUUUAGACUUAGCAGGAUUUCAGCUUUAAAAUGAACUUCUUUUCAAUCUCCUGUAGAAAGCGUGCUCGGUAAAAAAAUAACUACUUAAUUAGCAUGCAUUUUUCCCAUUGAUUUUCGAUGGUCUUGGAAAUUCAAAUAUAUUUCAUAGAAACCACAAACAAAAAUAUGCCUUCUUUUAGUCAAUCAAUAGAGAAUCACGUCUUCUUUAUAUUUUAUACUUAAGGAGGGAGUAUAAUUCGGUUUUAAAAAAAGUUUUCUAAUUGCCGAAUAAGUUGGAGCCUGAUCAUUCGUUGCAUUAGCGCUUAGUGAUUACACUCUACAAGGUGCAUGCGUUCCGCGUAAAGAAAAUCCCAUAUUUUUUCUAUGUCAUUAAAGAGAUAUUAUACAGAGUCCAUAAAAUUUUGCAAUGGAUGCGGACCAUGUUGUACAUUUCAUGAGGAGCAGUGGUAAACGGACGGGUACGAUGCUAUUUGAAUGGAUAUUUCGCGGUCUUAAAAAGUCUCAUAAUUAGAACCUUUUUUAAAACCUAAUUAUACUACUUCCUUAAGUAUAAAAUAUAAAAAAGACGUGAUUCUCUAUUGAUUGACUAAAGGAAAGCAUAUUUUUGUUUGUGGUUUCUAUGAAAUAUAUUUGAAUUUCCAAGACCAUCGAAAAUCAUUUGGAAAAAUGCAUGCUAAUUAAGUAGCUAUUUUUUACCGAGCACGCUUUCUACAGGAGAUUGAAAAGAAGCGCAUUUUAAAGCCGACAUCCUGCCAAUUCUAAAAUGUUAUAAGAGUAUGCCUUGAGAUAAUCAGUAUCAUAACCGCGACCAAGUAAUCCUUCCUGAUCGAAAGCGCAUUUCAGAAUUUCAGCCAUCAUUUCAUGAGAUAGGUCACGCACUGUAUGUUCAAAACUGAAAAUAACUACUCGGUGGUGGUCAGCUCUAUGAAAACUCACAUAAUUUUCCAAACGGCUGAGCGAUUUCGGCCCAUUUAAACUAAUAAUUGUCUGCGUGUGUUUUUACUGCACUUUAGGGCACGCAAUCGUACAGAUCUGCCAAUCUAAUUUAUAAAAAUCUAAACGACGUCUGGUUAUCCAAAAAGCCUAUGUGCUAACAAACUGAUUCACACAGUUAGUAUCGGACAAAAAAUCGAUUUUCAGGUGCGGUAAGCUCUGUUUGGUAAAACUCUCAAAAGCAAAUUAUUCUCAUCUCAAAGAAAAACAUGCUCGGAUGAGCAACCGAAGUUUAGGAUAAGUAUUAGCGUAGGAAAUUGGCCGAAUAUAUCGCGACGCCCAUCUUAGCUUAAAUCUGUGAACAUUCCGCCGGGUAAAGUUACGUGGGAACAUUUUUUGCGCAAGAAGAGAACAUUUUUCAUGAAAGCGAAGAGACGAGUCCCAGGAAGCAGUCGGGAAAAAGGAGACAAGAUAACUAGGAUGAGCGAGCAAAAUGCACAACGUUCCAAGCGUUCAGAAAUUCCCAUGUCAGUUUCUGCAAUCAGGUUUCAUGGGAUAAGUCAUGCACUGUAUAAGAUUUCAACAUAGUCGGUCUUUGUGACAGUCAGCCUGUCACCUGUAUGAUCCUGUUUCACACCUGCACAGAUGACUACUUUAGAACUAAGGUCAUAUAUAUACAGUGAGUGACCGAUCUCAUAAAAUGUCGGCUGAAAUUCUGAAAUGCGUUUUCGAUCAGGAAGGAUUACUUGGUCGCGGUUGUAAUACUGAUUAUCUUGCGGCAUACUCUUAUAACAUUUCGGACUCGGCAGGAUGUCGGCUUUUAAUGGACUUCUUUUUAAUCUCCUGUAGAAGGUGUGCUUGGUAAAAAGUGACUACUUAAGUAGCAUGCAUUUUUCCCAUUGAUUUUCGAUGUUCUUGGAAAUUCAAAUAUAUUUUAUAAAAACCAUAAACAAAAAUAUGCUUUUUUCUACUCAAUCAAUGGUGAAUCACGUCUUCUUUAUAUUUUAUACCGAAGAAGGGAGUAUAAGUAAGUUUUAAAAAAGUGUCUAAUUAUGAGACUUUUUAAGACCUCGAAAUGUCCAUUCAAAAGCAUUGUACCUGGCCGUUUACCACUACUCCUCAUGAAAUGUACAACAUGGUGCGCAUCCACUGCAAAAUUUUAUGGACUCUGUAUGAUAUCUCUUUAAUGGCAGAGAAAAAUAUGGGAUUUUAUUUACGCGGAAUGCAUGCACCUUGUAGAGCUAACUCAUUAAGCGCUAAUGCAACGAAUGAUCAGGCUCCAAAUUAUUCGGCAAUUGGAAAACUUUUUUAAAACCUAAUUAUACUCCUUUCUUAUCUAUAAAAUAUAAAGAAGACGUGAUUCUCUAUUGAUUGACUAAAAUAAAGCGUAUGUUUGUUUAUGGUUUCUAUAAAAUAUAUUUGAAUUUCCAAGACCACCGAAAAUCAAUGGGAAAAAUGCGUGCUACUGAAGUAGUCACUUUUUACCGACCACGCUUUCUACAGGAGAUUGAAAAGAAGUCCAUUAAAAGCCGACAUCCUGCCGAGUCCGAAAUAAUAUAAGAGUAUGCCGCAAGAUAAUCAGUAUUACAACCGCGACCAAGUAAUCCUUCCUUAUCGAAAACGCAUUUCAGAAUUUCAGCCAACAUUUCAUGAGAUCGGCCACUCACUGUAUAUAGUAAUCUCCAAUUCCGUGAGGGAGAAUGUGUAGGACAACAGGCGAAUUAAAUGUAUCUAGUUGGUGCGACUAUAAUGAUAAACGUUAACGAACACUGACAAUCACUGACGACUUGUAUAACAUCAUGCUGCCGUAAAUUCUAUAUCGUGAGUCGCUCACAUCAUCUUACAUUUUCUGAUGAUCGACGACCGAAUUCCCCAGCCGAGAACUCAUGUUCCCAAAACCCGCAGACUACUAUUCAGUACACUUCUUGUGCAUCUUUAUCUUCCUCCCCUUAUUAGCGUGGAACACUGCUUGGUUAAAUUUUAAUUUCCUGAGGUAAAACAGGGUCUCUCGAAACAUUGUGGCGUAAAGUUAAGUUUCUGACUUUUUAUGCUUACUUGACAGGCGAAACAAUAACCGUAACAAAACAGUUGGCAUAGUCCGUUUGUGCUGGCCUAGCACGAAGUGGGACAUCGUGCGUCGCCUCGUCGUCUUUUGUUCCAGAACGUCAAACUCAGUUAUGUCCUCAGCAUGUUGUGUUGGUUGCCUUUGCAACUUGAUCAAAUGUUCCGAUAUCUCAGGCUGUUUUUUUCAGUUCAAGAAAAAAAGCUAGUAGUACGACAUACACAGACACUGAUGGUUCCUGCAGCUCAGGUGGAAAAUCUCUUGGUUAGAAUGUUGAUUUCUUCGUCCGCAAGAAGCCAUAUCAACCAAGUUCUGCGUGCGUUUGGAGAGUCGCGGUGAGGCUGAGAAAUGCUGUGUAUUCCAUAAGGUCGAUUGGAAGCUUUUUUCGUUCUCUACACAUCCUCCUAAUUCCGGCAUGUGCGGAAACAUAUUAUUUGAUCUACUGUCUUUUUGUAUUUUACCGAUUUUUGGCUAAAUUACUAUUGGUACUUUUUUCUAGGACCCAGCAAUUGGGGAAGCGGCGGAGGCACAGGAGAGCACUUCGACUCCGAUAAUAAGUAUCCAGGUACGCGUAUCAAUACGCUUCUCAAAUUGACGUAA